GUCACCCGUCAUUCUGAGCUUUGUCUCGUCUGGGGAGAGACUCCAGUCUCUGGCGGAAGAGCCAUCUUACCCCCACGCCUUGCGCCCGGCGGGAGGAGAGGGAGAAAACAAUGGAGCCUAAGCCAAAGCGGAUCAAGAUCGAUGUGGCAUGUGAAGCAUGUCGGAGGAGGAAAGUCAAGUGUGAUGGAGCACGCCCAGCGUGCGGCAACUGCUGGAAGAGGACCGAUCUGAGAAACGGCUGCACAUACACCUCCGAGGCCGAGAAGUCGUUCUCGGGUGGUAAUAAACCUGCAGAUGCAAGUCCAGGCAAUCCCGAAAGGGCAAUGCCCAAGAUCGUCCACACGCCCGAGACCAAUUUCGCGCAGCCUCUGAUGCCUCCUAUCUCUCGCCCGGCUCUAAGUGCGACGCCCAAGUCGACCACGUCCUCGGGGCCAGACCUUACAAGACGAGGUCGAGUUGAGCGGCACCCAAUCACACCAUCCGAUGCCAGCCCGUCGGUUGUUGACUCCAUGACCACGGUUCGUGAGGAUGGUAUGGUGACGGGCGAGUACUUUGGCAGUAGUAGCGCUGGGUCUUUCACGAACCAGAUCAAAGCUGCUAUUGACGCGAGGCUGGGCUCUUCGACGGAGAAUAGGAGUGUGAGAAGCUCGCUCUUCCGCUCGACACUUCCUCUCAAUGGCUCUGGUGUAGGAGGGCAAGCUGACUAUGUCCUACCAGCCCGAAAGCAAGCUGAUCACUUGACGGACCUCUAUUGGUACUACGUUGAUCCGUUGUAUCCUUUCCUAGACCGACAGAGAUUCGAGCACUCAUAUCGAGCGCUAUUUGCCGGUACCUCGCUCGAUGCCGAUGAACGCAUCUUUGUGAGCAUCCUCAACAUCGUAUUCGCACUCUCCACGCAGUUGAUCGAGUCACUGCCUCCGGAUCAGAGGGAUUCAUCCAGCCAGGGGUACUUCACUCGCGCGCAGGACUUGCUCCAGCUGAGCCUUUGGGAUACUGGCUCCAUCGAGCUGAUUCAGUGUCUGCUGAUUAUGAGCCAGUACCUGCAAAGUACAAAUAAUCCUCACCAGACAUGGAUGAUUGUCGGGUCCGCCGUGAGAAUCGCGCAGGGCCUUGGGCUACACUUGCCAGAGACGGCAUCGGAACUCUCGGAUGAGCCCGAAAGGGAUCUCGUGAAGAGGAUAUGGCAUGGAUGUAUCCUGAUGGACAGAAUGAUCGCCAUCACUCAUGGACGUCCAGCGAUGAUCUCAGAUCAGCUGGCGUCAAGUGUAAUAUUGCCUUCGAUCCCGGAUACCAACGUCACCAGCGUCGACGGAGUACAGCUAGGCGCCAUUCAACUUCACAAGCUUCGGUAUCAAGCAUUUUUCCACAAGUCGCUCGAGCUCUAUGAGGUUAUCAACCACGCAGUUCUCGCCUUCUACUCGUCAGCCUCACCCCUAAAGUCGCCUACUUACCCGAACGGCACAGGAAGCACGACUCAGCGCACCCUCGAAAGACCAGAGCUAGAUCUUGGGAAAGCUCUACAGCUUGAUCAGCGACUGACGAAAUGGGAGAAGGGCCUACCCAGCUUCCUGACUAUGGCCGUGCCUGAGACUACUCUCGAUGAGGUCUUUCGCAGACAGGCGGUAAUCCUGCGUAUCAGGCUACUUCAUGCACGCAUGCUACUUCUCAGACCCAUGCUCACUCGAUUCUGCCUUUCUCAGUGCCCAGAAACCUCCCAGGCUCACGAAGAUCUCCCAUCCCGGGUGGUCCAGCAAUGCGCAAUGGUCUGCGUCGAAGCCGCGCAAAGUCUCAUCUCAUUCAUCGUACAGUUUCAGCAACAUGACGGCACCCUCGGUCUUCUUCCAGCCUGGUGGUAUCGCGUGUUCUAUAUCUACACAGCUGCCACGGUCCUCAUCGCAGCAAGACUCCGACCCGCGGUCUUUUCUUCGCUCGACAUCUCCCGAUCAUGGAACCAGGCAAUGGGUCUGCUCCACGACCACGAGAACCUAGGGCCUUCUCCGCGGAGGUGUGCCGCGGCACUCCAGAUCCUCUCGACGAAGAUGUUCCAGGAUCAGCAACCACAGCCGGCUGCUCUCCCAAACUCGGAAACCAAUGCUGCAGUGCCAAACAUCACCAAUGAGCAACAGGAAACCUUCGAUAUGCCCUUUUCCUACUUGACUCAGGAUGCAGCAUUUGAUAUGGACGCAAUCACAUUUGACAUUAACGACUUUUCUUGGCUUAACAGCAUGCCCGGAAGUCUAUGAAUGUUCUCCUUUGUCAAUGUCAUCAUCCUGUAUAUUUUACUCCAAAAUACCCGGCCAUUGCGCCUCUCAUGCUCUUGUUCAAAUAUCCUGACAAAUCAUUUCAUUCGUGAAUAUUUUCUACUCAAACACCAUCUUGUUCUUCACACUUCCCAGCUUACUUAUCCU